AUGGCGACCGCGCGCAAGCGACCGAGGGCCGACGUCACCGAGGAGAGCCAAGCAGAGUGCCCCUUCAGGGUUGAGCACCCGAGCUCCAACGACAAGGAGAAGAAGCCCAAGAAGCGCAGGCGCAAUGGCUCCGAAGACUCGCCCGCCCCGUCGCCCAAGAUGCCGCUGCAGGUGUCGCCCUUUGCGCCGAAUGGGCAGUUCAAAGACCCGGCCAACAACAUGGACAGGCAUUUCCUGGUUCAGCCAAACGCAAGAUGGGUGGAGAUGACCAGAUACAACAGCUUCGUCCUCAAUGGCCUGAAAUACUUCAGUGAAGGCUUCAUCUUCGUCGCCAACAACUCCACUAUCGAGAGGCCGCGCAACCCCUCAGAGCAGAUGCAACCUAGGAAGAAGUCCGAGGAGGACUGGGUUGCGCGCAUCCUCGAGAUCCGAGCCAGCGACGAGCACCACGUCUAUGCUCGAGUGUACUGGAUGUAUUGGCCUGAUGAGCUGCCCGAUCACACGCGCGACGGCAGCAAGUUUGUGGGCGGCAGACAAUCAUAUCACGGCAUGAAUGAGCUUAUCGCCUCGAAUCACAUGGACGUGAUUAACGUCGUGAGCGUCACGGCACCCGCGAUAGUGAACCAGUGGGAUGAGACAAACGAGGACGAAGUGCAACAGGCGCUUUACUGGCGCCAGGCUAUUGAUGUUCGCACCAUGGAACUUUCGUCUGCCGAGCGGCGCUGCAAGUGUGGCCAACCCGAAAAUCCAGAUAAGACCCUCCUGGGCUGCACAAACGAACAGUGCAAGAAGUGGCUUCACGACGACUGUCUAGUGCACGAGGCGCUGAUGGAGACUUAUAAACGCCUAGGUUCCGACAAACCCCACAGAAGCUCCCCCGUGAAGCGCGAGGAAGACGACCACGACGGACCGAAACGCCCUCUAAGCCCAAGUGAGUCUGGUGCCGCACAGACGGCACAGCAGUCGAUCGAUGUCAAGCCGGAGGAGAAGACCAUUAGGCUGGCUGACGUCGAAAACGGCGCGAGCGCGAACGAUGACAAUGAGGCUGACCUUGGGUCGAUUCCAGUGGCUUCGACUAACCUCGAGCCACGGAAGAGAGGCCGGCCGAGGAAGUCAGAAGCCACCGAUUCCGCGGAAAAUAGCAAGCCCUACCUCGGGCUUUUCGAGGGUACGGUGGAUGCCAAUGCCAACCCGCCCGUCAUAAAUGUCACAGACCUCCGUCACGAUGUCACUGGUGGAGAGAGCUCGUGGACGGUCCCAAUCCCGUGCCUUCUCUGCCACAAAAUUAUUCACGGCUAG